UCGUGUAUACUCAUUUGUAUGUAUAUAUAUGCUUUGCACCUUUUGACAGCUGUGUUAUUACCUUUUAUAUACUCAUUUUGUAAGCCUCAAAAAAGUUGCAGUGCUCGUGCGCGAAUAAAUUAAACUUAAUCUUAUAUUGAAUUAAAAAAUUCUCACGCGCUUUAGAAACACCACAUAUUUUUCUCGUUUAAUCCAGAAAAGAUUUGCAGUGCUCGGGCACGAAGUAUCUACGCAAAACCUUACGUAUAAGUUGCAACUUGCGCUCGAAUUGUUCGGAAUAACUAAAUUUUUCAUUGGCUAAAUCGUACCAAUAAAGUAUAAUAAAACCAUUAAUAAACUGUUUGAUUUCCGCCAAUAAACUCCGUUUGUGUUGUGCAAGAGUGUUCCGGCGAACUACAGCCGCCAGUAUCACAGAUUUGAGGACACCAGGUCACCAUCCGCUAUAUCGCCACCACAAAAACAGUGUCGUCAGUGCACCCGUCGUUCACCGCCGCCAAAGGCAGUUCAUCCACCGAUCACCGUCAAAGACAAGGUGGUGCCAUCUCUCCAACUGCCGCCGCUGGCUAAAAUUUGGAGACAGAAUCCCACGAAGCGCUGCCAUACACCAAUUAGAGAAGCCCCACCGCCCUCAGCUUACAAGGAAGUCGAGUGCGCCUCCAUUUGGUCCUUCUGCGCCAGCAGACCCCGAACCAGCAGCAAGUAUUAGAAAAAGUCCCUUUGUAAACCAUGGAUCACGAUGAGGCACCUCAGCCAGCACCGCGAACGUUCCUAAAGUCGCAGAUUGGAACCACCCACAGCAUACGUUCAGCGAAUCAUCCCACGGAGGAUUAUAAGCGGUGCCGAUUGUGCGCCGGUCAUCAUGCGCUCCGAGUAUGUCCAGCGUUCUUAGGCGUACAGCCACAGCAGCGCUUCUUACUGGCAAGGGCGCACAAGUACUGCACGAACUGCCUGGCGCUUUCGCAUCCGACCGCCCAGUGCACGUCCACUACCACCUGCCGCACUUGCUCCCUACAGCAUCAUACACUACUGCACCGGAAUGGUACACCGGCAGCCCGCCGCACGAGGGCGAACUCCGCAGUUCAGCCCCCUAAACGCCUCGACCAGACAAACAAAAACGCUCCCCAACGUGGGGGAUCAGGGCGUACAUCACCGCCCUACAACCACACCCGACACCAUCCCACCAGAGGGAACCGUAAAGUGCGCUUCACGGGGAAGGGAUUCCAAACUGCUGGCUAUCGUAGCAAGGCUACCAAAAUUUUGGUUCACGAGGCAAUGAGGGCUCUACGGGAGCUGAAGGAUGCACUAGCCGCUUAACGCGGCCAGGGCCGGGAGGAUGGCUACGCGAGCACUGCAACACUUAUAUUUAAUUAACACAAUUUGUAGCUAGCUUACUAGUGUGCAUUUCAUUUUGAAUUUUGUAUCUCUUGAAUUUUGUAUCUUUUGAAUUUGUACUUUGAACUACCUCUGGUGUGCACCCUUUGUAAGCUUAUCUUAGGAGUGGUUGGCAACGCAUGCCCAACUCGCUCGCUACCAAAUCGCUGUAUACUCAUUUGUAUGUAUAUAUAUGCUUUGCAUCUUUUGACAGCUGUGUUAUUACCUUUUAUAUACUCAUUUUGUAAGC